AUGGAAUUAGAAAAAAGUGAACGAUUUAUAAUUUUUUAUGCCUCGCAGACAGGAAAUUCUGAAUGGAUUGCCAAAAAUAUUCAUAAAGAAGCGUUAGAACAUGGUUACUCUAAUGAAUGCUUUGUAUGUGAUGAUUAUGAAAAGGUAGAUUUUACAAAAGAAAAGGUCUUGAUUUUCGUUACUGCAAAUACUGGUGACGGUGAUCCACCUGACAAUUCAAUAAAAUUCUUUCGGUUCUUAAGAAAAACAAAAUCUAAAACUUUUUUAAGUCAUGCAAAAUUUACAAUCCUUGGAUUGGGAGAUACAAAUUAUUCGAAUUUCAAUAAUACAGCAAAACGUUUAGAAAAGAAAUUGUUAGAGAUAGGUGCUACUACUUUUUAUGAAAAGGGUCUUGCAGAUGACGCAACUGGAUUGGAGGCAAUUGUUGAUCCUUGGAUUUCAAAUUUGUGGCUAGCUCUACCUAAUGUAUAUUUAUCAGAUAUUGAUAAACAUGAACAACUUACAGCCUUGCCACGUAUUCCUGCCACAAUAUGUAAAAUAAUAAAGAAAAAAAUAAGACAUUUAAAUCCUUUAAAAAGUUUACCUUCUUUCAUUAUUAAUAACCUAAUUAUGUAUGCUAAAUUAGAUACAGUAUGUUGUUUGUCACAUCCUGAUGCUUUAAAAAGGACUUUGCAUCUUGAGUUAGAUGUUAAAGAAUUUAGGGACAAAAUAGAGUUUGUUCCUGGAGAUUCUUUUGGAAUCUACGCACCUAAUAGUAUCGAACUUAUUAAGGGAAUAUUGAGUAUGCUGGAGAUUAAUGAACAGGAAUUUGAUGAAGAAAUUUCUGUUGAAUCUUUAGAGGAAAAAGAUCUUCCAUCACAUCUUAAAAAUGCAAAUUCUACAUCAAUUAUCGAGUUGCUUUCUUAUGGAGUUGAUUUAUGUUCAUCGCCACGUAAAGCUUUAUUGAGAAUGAUGGCAGAAUAUGUUUCGGAUGAAAAUGAAAAGAAGACUUUACUUUUUUUGUGUAGUAAACAAGCACCAACUUUUCUUGAUUUAUUAACAACAUUUCCAUCUUGCAAACCACCAUUUGAACGUAUUUUGGACAUACUACCACCUCAUCAACCUCGUUAUUAUUCAAUAACCAAUUCGCCAUUAUCAAUUUGUGAUAAAUUACAUAUUGCAUUUAAUGUUGCAGAAUAUGACACACCAUCUCCAUAUAAUAUGAGAAAAUAUGGAGUUUGUCCGGGUACUGGUGUGGCACCGUUUGUGGGAUUUUUGCAACAUCGUGAACAAAUACUUUCUGUCAAUCCGAAGGAAGUAGGGAAAAACAACAAUGAUAUUUUAGUAGGAGACAUGUGGUUGUUUUAUGGUUGUAGGAAUAAAGAAAUAGACUUUAUUUAUCGUAAGGAAUUGGAAGGAUUUUUAGAACGAGGUAUUUUGAAAGAGUUACUUGUCUCUGAAAGUAGAGUAGCUGGAGCUGGUAUUGAUGGAAAACCCAAGUACGUUCAAGAUCUUAUUAGAAAGUAUGGUAAUGACUUGUAUGAUUUGUUGGAUAAAAAAAAUGCAAUGAUAUUUAUUUGUGGAGAUGCCAAAGGAAUGUCAAAAGAUGUUAAUGAUGCAUUGGUAGAUAUUUUAAUCGAGCAUGGAAAAAUGGAUCGUCCUGAAGCAAUAAAAUUAUUGCAGAAAUGGAUGAGUGAGAAGCGUUAUUUACGUGAUCUGUGGGCAUGA